AAAAUAAAAUAUCCUAGGUAGCUGGGAGAACGGCUUCUAAAUCAAAAUCAGUAUUCGCAUUAGUAUUCAAGUGUAGACAUUGUCGUGAACGGGAAACCAAAUUGUAUUUUUACACACAUUAAAACUAUGGACGGGAGAAAAGGUGGAAAAGCACUUCGAAAAACAACUGGCUCCCUGAACUUAUCGACAGAAUUAAAAAAGCAAUCCUACGGGAUUUCCCCACAGAACGGGAUACGUUUCGGAGCAAGAGAAUGGAACUAUAUGACCCUCUUUACAAAAUCGAAAGAAACUAUGACCGUUAUAAAGAGUGCUCCUCAGGAGUUUGAGAGUCAGUCCCAUGGGGAAAGCCCCGGAAAAUCUGAGCUGAAGAGGGAGUCCAGGAACCAGAAGGAAAGGAAGAUAUCCAAGUCCAUCAAGCGCCUGGUUAAGAAAAAACCGAGUCCUGUGCUAAAGAUUCGCCACAAAAGUCCUUUGGGCUCAGCGGUGGCCUAUAUUCAUUAUAUGCGCAAGUUUCAAUCACUAAAUUCUCAUUUGUCGGGCCCUGAACUAUUGAACAAGGCAGCUCGUGUUUGGUGCGUUCUGACUGAAAGUCAGCGCAAGCAAUUUGAUCUAAAUUUAAAGGUUUAUAAGAGAAGUAAUGGCUACAAUUUUCUAAAGAUUGUGUAAACUGGACCGAAAACACUUUGUAAAUAAAAGGA